CCCGCCUCCACGAGCAGCCGCGCCGCCGCCCGCGCCCACCGCGUCUCAGCGCCUCCGCCGCCGCCUGUUAGUCAGUCCAAGUCCGCCCGCAGCCCCCGACACCCGGCGCCAUGAACCAGAUCGAGCCCGGCGUGCAGUACAACUACGUGUACGAUGAGGACGAGUACAUGAUCCAGGAGGAGGAGUGGGACCGCGACCUGCUGCUGGACCCCGCCUGGGAGAAGCAGCAGAGGAAGACCUUCACGGCCUGGUGUAACUCGCACCUGCGGAAAGCCGGCACCCAGAUCGAGAACAUCGAGGAGGACUUCAGGAACGGCCUGAAGCUCAUGCUGCUGCUGGAAGUCAUCUCAGGGGAAAGGCUGCCCAAACCCGACCGAGGAAAAAUGCGCUUCCACAAAAUCGCCAAUGUCAACAAAGCCUUGGAUUACAUCGCCAGCAAAGGCGUGAAGCUGGUGUCCAUCGGGGCGGAAGAAAUUGUGGACGGCAACGUGAAGAUGACGCUGGGCAUGAUCUGGACCAUCAUCCUCCGCUUUGCCAUUCAGGACAUUUCAGUUGAAGAAACCUCUGCCAAGGAAGGCCUGCUGCUGUGGUGUCAGCGGAAAACCGCUCCUUACCGAAAUGUCAACAUUCAGAACUUCCACACCAGCUGGAAGGAUGGCCUGGGACUCUGCGCGCUCAUCCACCGGCACCGGCCUGACCUCAUUGACUACUCCAAGCUGAACAAGGAUGACCCAGUAGGAAACAUCAACCUGGCCAUGGAGAUUGCGGAGAAGCAUCUGGACAUUCCCAAAAUGCUGGAUGCGGAAGAUGUAGUAGACACGGCCCGGCCCGACGAGCGCGCCCUAAUGACUUAUGUCUCCUGUUACUAUCAUGCUUUCGCUGGUGCCCAGAAGGCCGAGACAGCGGCUAACAGGAUAUGUAAGGUUCUUGCUGUGAAUCAAGAGAAUGAGAGGCUGAUGGAAGAAUAUGAGAGGCUAGCGAGUGAGCUCUUGGAGUGGAUCCGCCGCACCAUCCCCUGGCUGGAGAACCGGGCCCCCGAGAAGACCAUGCAGGCCAUGCAGAAGAAGCUGGAGGACUUCCGGGAUUACCGCCGGAAGCACAAGCCCCCGAAGGUGCAGGAGAAAUGCCAGCUGGAGAUCAACUUCAACACCCUGCAGACCAAGCUGCGCAUCAGCAACCGGCCGGCCUUCAUGCCCUCCGAGGGCAAGAUGGUGUCGGACAUCGCCGGGGCCUGGCAGCGGCUGGAGCAGGCGGAGAAGGGCUACGAGGAGUGGUUGCUGAAUGAGAUCCGGAGGCUGGAGCGCGUGGAGCACCUGGCCGAGAAGUUCAGGCAGAAGGCGUCCACCCACGAGACCUGGGCCUACGGCAAAGAGCAGAUCUUGCUGCAGAAGGAUUAUGAGUCGGCGACACUGACUGAGGUGCGGGCCCUGCUGCGGAAGCACGAGGCCUUCGAGAGCGACCUGGCGGCCCACCAGGACCGCGUGGAGCAGAUCGCGGCCAUCGCGCAGGAGCUCAACGAGCUGGACUACCACGACGCGGUGAACGUCAACGAUCGGUGCCAGAAGAUCUGUGACCAGUGGGACCGGCUGGGGACGCUUACGCAGAAGCGGAGAGAGGCCCUGGAGAGAACCGAGAAGUUGCUGGAGACCAUCGACCAGCUGCACCUGGAGUUUGCCAAGAGAGCUGCCCCGUUCAACAACUGGAUGGAGGGCGCCAUGGAGGACCUGCAGGACAUGUUCAUUGUCCACAGCAUCGAGGAGAUCCAGAGUCUGAUCACGGCCCAUGAGCAGUUCAAGGCCACGCUGCCCGAGGCGGACGGCGAGCGGCAGUCCAUCAUGGCCAUCCAGAACGAGGUGGAGAAGGUCAUUCAGAGCUACAACAUCCGGAUCAGCUCCAGCAACCCCUACAGCACCGUCACCAUGGACGAGCUGCGGAACAAGUGGGACAAGGUGAAGCAGCUGGUGCCCAUCCGAGACCAGUCCCUGCAGGAGGAGCUGGCCCGCCAGCACGCCAACGAGCGCCUGCGGCGCCAGUUCGCUGCCCAGGCCAACGCCAUCGGGCCCUGGAUCCAGAACAAGAUGGAGGAGAUCGCCCGGAGCUCCAUCCAGAUCACGGGGGCCCUGGAGGACCAGAUGAACCAGCUGAAGCAGUACGAGCACAACAUCAUCAACUACAAGAACAACAUCGACAAGCUGGAGGGCGACCACCAGCUCAUCCAGGAGGCCCUGGUCUUCGACAACAAGCACACCAACUACACCAUGGAGCACAUCCGCGUGGGGUGGGAGCUGCUGCUGACGACCAUCGCCAGGACCAUCAACGAGGUGGAGACGCAGAUCCUGACGAGGGACGCCAAGGGCAUCACCCAGGAGCAGAUGAACGAGUUCAGAGCCUCCUUCAACCACUUCGACCGGAGGAAGAACGGCCUGAUGGACCACGAGGAUUUCAGAGCCUGCCUGAUUUCCAUGGGCUAUGAUCUGGGGGAAGCCGAGUUUGCCCGCAUCAUGACCCUGGUGGAUCCCAACGGACAGGGCACCGUCACCUUCCAGUCCUUCAUCGACUUCAUGACCAGAGAGACGGCCGACACCGACACCGCGGAGCAGGUCAUCGCCUCCUUCCGCAUCCUGGCGUCCGACAAGCCGUACAUCCUGGCGGAGGAGCUGCGGCGCGAGCUGCCCCCGGACCAGGCGCAGUACUGCCUGGGGCGCAUGCCAGCCUACAAGGGCCCCGGCGCGGUGCCUGGCGCCCUGGACUACGCGGCCUUCUCCUCCGCGCUCUACGGGGAGAGCGACCUGUGAGCCGGACGCCGGCCCGCCAGCAGGGAAAGACUUGGAUGAGCUUGGUUAAGGGAAGGGACAGGGCGAGAUUUUGCAGCUCAGUAAUGGUUUAUGACAUAGUGUGCUUCAUCAAUAGGUUUCUCUAUUUCGGAACUGUUAGCUAAAUGCAAUGGAAUAUCAGGGUUUUUUGGUUUGUUUCUUUGCUCAAACAAAGCAAAUUCCUUGAGUAGUAUGAAAUGAGGAGGAUCUAGGGACAGAAGAAAAGUACAAAAUGGGAAUCCCAAAUACCCAAGAUUUGAGACCAGGAAGAAAAAAUUUGGUAAAUGUUUGAUAUCUUUAAAAAUAUUCUUAAGUAGGCUUAUGUGAUUAUCGUGAGGGGAAUAUAUUUGGGAUAUUCGUGUUCUACCUUCUCAUCCAAAGAUUAGCAAUAUUUAAGUACUAUCGUUUCUUUAGUUGAACUUAAUAUUGUGAAACAGAACUUCCAGGGAAUGGAACCAGACGACCCAAAAUAUCUUUAGUACUUAAAAAUUUUAAAAUAGAGUUUAUAGUCAGCUCUUCGUUGUUUAGGACUAUGCAGUCGAGGUAGUGGAUUUCAAUGCCUUAUUUAUCGUCCAAAGCAGAGACCUCAGGAAUCACAGAAGCCGGUCUGCUUGCCAGAGAGGAAGACGUAGUCACUAGGAAAAAUGAAUGGGUUAGGAUUACGUAUUGAGUCCAGGUUUCUGUGCAUUUCCUAGAGCUUGGUAGCACAGGUUUGGGAGAGAUGACUGUAGGUAAGUGCUCUGUUUUUUAAAACAGGUUCCCGUAGCAAUAGUUUAUAACAGGACAUGGUUCAGAGACCGACACCCAGAUCGCUCACCAGGCCGCACUUCUUUACGCCCUUGGUUUUCUGACCUGGUCAGGAGGCGUUAGUAGGGAAGGACUCAUUCUUAGCAGCCGUAGAGGUAAGAGCUCGCAUUGCAGACCUUACAUAUUUGGGGGAAUGCAUCUGUGUAGUAGGAGCGACUAGACGUUCUUUUGCCAGCACUCAGCGUGCCGUCACCACUGUGAUGGGGUGCCGAGCCCUGGGUCUGGCUCUCUCCACACCUGAAGCCCUGCCACAGAGGACAGACACCUCCUGCUCCCAGCAUCCUCUGCUCUCCUGAAUGUUCAUCUGUUCCAAUGUUUGGGCUGCCUUAUGCUAUAACUCCCCCUCUGUUUUUCCACCCUGUUGACAGCUUGUAGAGAAGAAGGCAGGAAUUCUGUUUACAUCUGAGUCCUUAAUGAUCAGGAAAGGGACUAUAAACAAACAAAAACUGUUGCAAACAGCAAUCCAAGUGUUGCUAGAAAAGCAGUAAUGUGCCCGUUACCCCCC